AGUAAAAAGGACAACCAUUUAGUAGGAGUAACAAACAGAGGGAGAUCCAGGCGGUGGCGGAGAGCGAGCAAUCCGGGUUCCGGAGGGAGCAGCAGAUCGAUUUGUCGCCGAUUCUGAUUUCGAUUCCCCCGAUCCGGAUCUACUCCUAGUAUAGCUUAUUUAAGGAGGAGAUCCCGUUGUCUCUUCGACCCCGCCGGCGAUUGAGAGGAGAGGAGGGGAGGUCGAGAUGGAGAUGGAGAUGGAGAUGUCGACGAGCUUCCCGCUGCCUUGUCUCGCCAUGGUGCACGGCGUAGGCCCCGAACACCAACAACCCACGGCGACGACGCUGUUCAGUCUCGCCGGCGCGAGGCCCCUCGCCGGAGUCGCCCUUGAGGAGGAGCUGAAGAACAAAUCAGUCUGCCCCACGCCGCAGGGGUGGGUGCUAGUCCAGCACCGAGACGCCGCCGCCGCCACCUACCUGCUGGAUCCGCGCAGCAGCCAAAGGAUCGACCUGCCGCAUCUCGCAAUCCAGCAGGGCCUGAUCCCCUACUGCAGCUGCCUGCUCGCCGGCGACCCCACGGCAACCCCGGGGUGCCCAGUGCUAGUGGUGGAGCCCAUGGCCACCUUGCUAUGGUGCUGCCGCGUCGGCGACGGCGAGUGGACCAGGCACGACUACGACAUCGGGACCCUGGGAGACGACCACUUCGUCGAGAAGAGGGUCAUCGCGCCCAUCGCCGCGUGCCGGGGCAGGUUCUAUUUCAACGCCGUCCCCGCCGAGACUCGCGUGCUGGAGCUGGCUCGCCCAGGGUCGGGGGCGCCGGCGUUUAGCUCGGUCGCGACGGAGCCCGCGGAGGCCGACAGGUUCGGGCGGGCGAGGGUGUUCAUGGUGGGGACGGACGACGACGAGCUGUACAAGGUCGUGCUGCUGCAUCGCGGAGGGUCCUACGACGAGGCCAGGGUCCUCAAGAUGGACUUGUCGGAGCGCCGGUGGCGCCCCGUCGAGGACCUCGGCGGCCGCACCUUCUUCGUCGCGCCCAUGUACUUUGGCGCGUCGUGUGCGCCCACCGGCGGCCGGGUCCGGCAGGACUGCAUCUACUCGUUGGUUGGAGUGGCCAAGAACACUUUCAGGGUCUUCAGUCUGAAAGAUGGGACUUCAGAAGUGCGCCAACUCGAAGAAGAAGAAGAAGAGCAACCUGGGCCGGAAACAGUCGGAAAAUCGAGACCAUGUUGGGUGCUUCCAACCCAUCCAACAUCGUAGUAGCAAGAUGUUAUUUAGCAGCGAAACAUCUCUUUUUCUGUCAAUGUUGCUUGUUGUGGCAUGUAGUAACUUUCAUACUCCUAUGUACUAAGAGUUUCAUUGCUCGAUCAUGCUAAAGUCUUUGGUUUUAUGAAUUGCUAGCAAGAUGCC